UGCCGGGAUCUGGAUGAGCUGGCAUUAAAACCCGGAAGCAGGACGUGUUUACAACAGGAAGCUAAGCUAACAAGCUAACUCCAGUUAGUAGAGAGUUUGAAGCUCGUCAGAAGAGCGCCGUGUUUCCUGAGUUUCUCUGUGUCUGCGGGAAUAGUCUCAGUCUCAGGAUGAGUCUGCAGUGGACGGCCGUCGCCACCUUCCUCUACGGUGAAGUCUUCUUCGUUUUGCUGCUCUGCAUCCCCUUCAUCUCACCCAAGAGGUGGAGCAAGAUCUUUAAGUCUCGGAUCAUCCAGACCAUCGCUCUCUAUGGAAACACCUCCUUCAUGGUGGCCAUCGCCAUCCUCGUCUUCCUGCUCAUCGAUGCUUUCCGCGAGGUGAGGAAGUACAGCGUGCCGGAGAAGGUGGAUCUGACCAACAAUCCCACGGCCAUCGAACACAUCCACAUGAAACUGUUCAGAGCGCAGAGGAACGAGUACAUCGCCGGCUUCGCCCUGCUGCUCUGCCUGUUGCUGCGUCGCCUGGCCACGCUGCUCUCCCAGCAGGCCACCUUCAUGGCCUCCAACGAAGCCUUCAAGAAGCAGGCGGAGGGCGCCAGCAACGCCGCCAAGAAAUACAUGGAGGAGAACGAGCUGCUACAAGAGAAACUCCGUGACGCUGGUCUCGAUCUGCCGGAGGUCGGGAAGAAGGGAGCCGGACCGGUGGAGGAGAACAAGAACCUGAAGGAGGAGGUGAAGACUCUGAAGGAGGAGCUGGAUAACAACAAGAAAGCUCUGCAGAAGUCGGACAGUGACGUUCGUGCGAUGAAGAGUCAGGCGAAGAAUCUGACGGUGGAGUACGACCGACUGCUGGACGAACACAGCAAACUGCUGGCAACAAGCGACAAGAAGUCAGACUGAGAAGGAUUUCCAGCUUCUUCAUCGUCAUCGUCUUCAAACAGCCUGCUCAGUGAUGUCACUUCCUUAUUUGGACGACGGCUCGCUGUGAUUGGUUUAUUUCAUCUGGGUUAAAAAACAUAUAUAUCAUCUGACUGUCAAAAAAAAAAAAAAAGUGGGCUGUUUGUGAAACUUUCAGACGAGGUUUGUUUGUGUUUUGUUUGUUUGAGGAACAUCUGAGCAUUCCCUGUUUCCUGCAGCUCGAGAGAAACUAAAAAAACAACCUGAAUUUCAUAAUGUUCUGCUUUUUCUUUUGUUGCAAGAAACAGAAUAUUCCAAAAAAAUUUGAGGUCCAAAGAAUUCAAUACACCCGCUCUCCUGUAUUGAUAACUAAAAUAUUGCACAUGUAAGGAUUCAAAUUGAACGUGGCCAAACACAAUCCUUCAGAAAUUACCUUUAACCUUAAUGUUUUAUUUGUUUAUUGGAUUCGGGUUGUCGAUUUACCCUAAAAACAAUAAACUGUUGAAUGUACUGUUGAAACUUGGAUCUACAGUCUGUGAAUCACGUUGUAUGAGCCAAACAAAAACACCAGAGUCUCCUCUUUAAAAUAAUGCCCAAAUCCUUAUGUUUUCUACACUGGUUAUCUUUAAUAUCCUGAAGUUUCUACGCUCACCUAGAGACAUAUGUCCCACACAAACGGUCAAAUAAAGGAUAAAUAAAUGACCAGACGUUUGUUUUGCUCGUACAAAGUGAUGCGUCUUUUUUCUUUGUGGUAAUAAACUCGGUUGGUUUGAAGAUUUUGUUAUAGGCUUGUCAUUAAGUUAAUCGGUUUGCAGUUAUUUCUUUGUGUUUUUGUAGGUAUUUUUCUUGUUUUGUGGCUUUCAGACUAAGAUGUUUUCUCUGGUGAAAGAUAACACAAGUUUUUGGACCCGUUUCACCUUUAAACCAUCAAACCCUAUAUUCUAAAUUAUUUGCAGGAUAAGGAUAACGUUUAAAUUGUUCGUUUUCAAUUUAAUGAUUUAAUAUCUCCGUCUGAAAGCCUCUUAAGUCACUCUUAAAGAUGUGUGGCAAAAAGGCACUUAUUUGAUAGAUGGUGCAGCUCUAAAGGAUGAAUCAUGUUUUAAUUAACUGUAAAAACUGUCAUUCCUCUUCUGUCCAGUCACAUGCACACAAUCAUGUUCACUGUCAGUUUUCAUCACGUUUAGCUGCGCUGAUCAUCAGUCUGUGUUCGACGCUUUACGGCGAAAUUGGGUACGAAUUUGUGAACAGAUGACAAUUGUGAGCAAAUUGGGGUACAAAAAACACCACAAAGCGCUCUGAAUUAGAAACGGAUGUGAUACUUAAUGACGUGUAGUAAAUUGACAUCUACUGCUGCAGAACAAAAUAAAUGUCCAGUUUUCCAUUGACUCCUCUUCACUUGGAGACACUGACAUUAACAAUU